AAGAGGGGAGACCAUUCGAGUUGUUAGAAUUGGAGUGCAAUUAGUCUUUUGAGGGCAGAAGAAUCAGAGAGAUGGCGGAAUCGGAAGACAAUGGCGAAUUCUACCUGAGGUACUAUGUAGGUCACAAAGGGAAGUUCGGCCACGAGUUCUUAGAAUUCGAGUUUCGUCCCGACGGCAAGCUCCGUUAUGCUAACAACUCCAACUACAAAAACGAUACCAUGAUUCGUAAAGAGGUUUUCCUUACCCCUGCCGUCCUCAAAGAAUGCCGCCGUAUUGUUGCCGAUAGCGAGAUUAUGAAGGAAGAUGAUAACAAUUGGCCUGAACCGGAUAGAGUGGGGAGGCAAGAGCUUGAAAUUGUGAUGGGAAAUGAACACAUAUCAUUUACCACUUCCAAGAUUGGUUCUCUGAUGGAUGUGCAGACCAGCAAAGAUCCUGAGGGACUUCGUAUCUUCUAUUAUCUUGUUCAGGACCUCAAGUGUUUUGUGUUCUCUCUCAUCUCUCUCCAUUUCAAGAUCAAGCCCAUUUAAGUCAUGCUGCAGACGAGCCGACACUUCCUAAGUCGUUGUUUAGGUUCAUGUUUCUAAUGUGUUAAUGGUGUAUCCCAUGUUAGAUAAGUGUCUCUUUGUGGUGCCGUUUGAUGAAUUGCUUGAGGGAGCUCUCUUCUUUAGACCUUAUUUUCUGAUGAAAGGUCCUGUAUCUCUCUUUUCAGUUCCCCCUUUAUUUGUGUGGCUGUUCUCCAUCACAUUAUUCUAUCUAGUCUGCUGUUUGUUUGCAAGUA